AAAAAAAAAAAAAAAACUUAGCCUACAUUUCUCUCAUUUUACAAAAAAAAAAGAAAUAUACUUUUUUCUCAGUCCUAUAACUCAAUUUGACAACAAAAUUUCCAUUAAUGAAGAUACCAAUACUUACCCUAGUCUUUCUCCUGCAAUGUGCUUUCAAUCUUAGCCUACAUUUCCACCCACUCGACCCCUUAACUCCCCAAGAAAUCAACAAAACAAGCUCCAUCGUCAAGAAAUCUCAUCUCGGCACUCUCAAAGAUCUCACAUUUCACUACCUCGACCUCGAAGAACCAAACAAGACCCACGUCCUCAAGUGGCUAUCCUCCAAGAAACCACCACAUCCACCACGCCGUCGCGCACUAGUGGUGGUUCGAGCCGGUGGUCAAACCCACGAGCUCAUCAUCGACCUAACCUCAGAAAAAAUCGCAUCCUCACGCAUCUACAAAGGCCAUGGCUUCCCUUCAUUCACAUUCAUAGAGCUAUUCAAAGCAAGCAAGCUUCCUCUAACUUACCCUCUCUUCAAGAAAUCGAUUCUUGACCGGUCCUUAAACAUCUCCGAGGUUUCUUGCAUCCCUCUCACCGUUGGUUGGUACGGAGAAACCAUCACGAGACGAGAGGUCAAGGCCUCUUGCUUUUACAGAGACGGAUCAGUAAAUGUCUUCACAAGACCCAUCGAAGGAAUCAUCAUAACUAUAGACGUUGACUCGAUGAAAAUCGUGAAAUACUCCGACAGAUUCAUAAAGCCUAUACCUGAUAAAGAUGGUAACGACUUUCGGACCAAACACAAACCGUUCCCGUUCUCUUGCAACGUAUCCGACACAGGGUUCAAGAUUCUCGGCAAUAAAAUAAAAUGGGCUAACUGGAAAUUCCACGUGGGGUUUAGUGCUAGAGCGGGGGUGACCAUAUCGACAGCUUCGGUUCUUGACACAAGAACCAAAAGGUUUAGAAGAGUUAUGUACAGAGGACACUUGUCAGAGACUUUUGUUCCGUACAUGGACCCGACAUAUGAUUGGUACUUUCGUACGUUCAUGGACAUAGGAGAGUUCGGUUUCGGGAGAUCCGCAGUUAAUCUGCAGCCAUUCAUCGACUGCCCGCGAAACGCUGGGUUUUUGGAUGGAUACGUGGCGGGACCUGAUGGGACAGCUCAGAGGAUGAGUAAUGUGAUGUGUGUCUUUGAGAAAAAUGGGUAUGGUGCUUCUUUUAGACACACUGAGAUUAAUGUUCCAGGACAAGUGAUAACUAGUGGUGAAGCUGAUAUUAGUUUAGUGGUUAGGAUGGUGGCAACACUAGGAAACUAUGAUUACAUCGUUGAUUGGGAAUUUAAAAAGAAUGGAGCCAUCCGAGUUGGGGUGGAUUUGACUGGAGUUUUAGAAGUCAAAGCAACGUCAUACACUUCGAACAAGCAGAUAACGGAGAACACUUACGGGACACUAGUGGCUAAAAACACCAUUGCCAUUAACCACGACCAUUACUUGACGUACUACUUAGACCUUGACAUUGACGGUAACGGCAAUUCUUUAGUGAAAGCCAAACUCAAAACGGUAAGAGUGAACAAAACCUCUUCUCCGAGGAAGAGUUACUGGACGGUCGUGAAAGAGACAGCGAAAACAGAAGCCGACGGAAGAGUUCGACUCGGUUCAGAACCGGUUGAGCUGCUAAUAGUUAAUCCACAAAAGAAGACGGAAAUAGGAAACACGGUUGGUUACAGGUUGAUACCGGAACAUUUACCGGUAACUUCGCUUUUAACUGACGAUGAUUACCCGGAGAUUAGGGCGUCUUACACAAAAUAUCCGGUUUGGGUGACGGCUUAUAACCGGUCAGAGAGAUGGGCUGGUGGGUUUUACAGCGAUAGGAGCCGUGGAGAUGACGGCUUAGCUGUAUGGAGUAGCAGGAACAGAGAGAUAGAGAACAAAGACAUAGUGAUGUGGUACAAUGUUGGGUUUCAUCACAUUCCAUACCAAGAAGACUUUCCAGUAAUGCCAACACUUCACGGUGGAUUCACUCUUCGACCUUCUAAUUUCUUCGACAACGAUCCGUUAAUCGCGUAAAUAAGUACGAAGAGAAAAGUAUUUUUUUUUAAAGAGAAAAUAUUUGGUUUUAACUUGGUUACGUGUGGCUCUUAAG